GUUCCUCACCUCCAAGGAGCAGUUCCAUGCCUACCUGCAGAAGAAGGAGGAGGAGGAGGAGGUCAGCAGCUGCCAGAGUGAACCCCCAGCCAAAAAGGUGAAGGCUGAGGAGCUCAGCCAGGAUGGAGAGAGCCCAGAGGGUGCUGGAGUGGAGGAGAAGGAGCAUGUGGGGCGAAAACGAGCGCGAGGGCAGAACAAGAGUCGUCCCUGCAUGAAACCCAACCACUAUGAGCAGAGCAGGCUCUGCCCCUCUGUCACACAGGGCUGUGCAGAGAAGUGUUUCUUGGGCCCACGGUGUCGUUUCCUCCACGACAUCAACACCUACAUGGCAGGGAAACCAUCAGACCUGGGACACCACUGUGUGCUCUUCGACACCUUCGGCAGGUGCAUCUAUGGGGUCACCUGUCGCUUCGCCCAGGCCCACCUGGGCCAUGACUUCCAGAACCUCAUCAACACAGCUCUGGCCAAGCAGUGGGAAGGGAAGGUGCUGGUGAGGAACAACCUCUCCAAGGAUCUCCAGCACCAGCUGCGCAAGAAGAAGUUCAACUUCCAAAAGGCUGAGGAGUAUCUCCGUGGCCUCAAGGCCAGUGGUGGUGGUGGGAAGGGAGGCAAAGCCGUGAAGGAGCAGGAGGUGUCCAACUGCACAGCAGCACAGGAGGGUGUGGGAGACAGCUCUGAGCUGCUGGAGAAGGGAGAAGAUCCCAAACCAGAGGCCUUGCAGAGUCCCAGCUCCCAAGGGGACAAGGAGGUUGCCUCCAUCCCAACCAUUGGUCCUCUGACAGAUGAAGAUGUCACGAAGCUGAGGCCAUGUGAGAAGAAGAAGUUGGACAUCCAAGGCAAGCUCUACUUGGCUCCACUGACCACGUGUGGGAACCUUCCGUUCCGACGGGUGUGCAAGCGCUUCGGGGCAGAUGUCACCUGUGGGGAGAUGGCUGUGUGCACCAACCUGCUCCAAGGCCAGUCCUCAGAGUGGGCCCUGCUCAAACGCCACCACACCGAGGACAUUUUUGGGGUGCAGUUGGAAGGAGCCUUCCCAGACACCAUGACCAAGUGUGCAGAGCUCCUCAACAGGACAAUUGAUGUGGAUUUUGUAGACAUCAACGUUGGGUGUCCCAUUGACUUGGUCUACAAGAAGGGAGGAGGUUGUGCUCUGAUGACUCGUUCCAACAAGUUUGAACAGAUUGUCCGUGGCAUGAACUCGGUGCUAGAUGUCCCUCUGACAGUGAAGAUAAGGACUGGAGUGCAAGAGAAGAUCAAUGUGGCUCACAAGAUCAUCCCCAGGAUCAGGGAGUGGGGAGCAUCCAUGGUCACGCUCCACGGCCGCUCGCGGGAGCAGCGAUACACUCGGAGCGCAGACUGGGACUACAUCGCCGAGUGUGCCAGGAUAGCCACCCCCAUGCCUCUCUUUGGAAAUGGGGAUAUUUUGUCUUAUGAAGAUGCAAAUCGAGCCAUGGAAAUGGGAGUUUCUGGGAUCAUGAUUGCCAGAGGAGCUCUCAUCAAGCCAUGGCUCUUCACUGAAAUCAAGGAGCAGAGACAUUGGGAUAUCUCCUCCAGUGAGAGGUUUGACAUCCUCAAAGACUUCACCAACUAUGGCCUGGAGCACUGGGGCUCAGACACUCAGGGAGUGGAGAAGACUAGGAAGUUCCUGCUAGAAUGGCUCUCAUUCCUCUGCAGGUACAUCCCAGUUGGCUUAUUGGAACAUCUACCUCAGAGGAUUAAUGAGAGACCUCCAUACUACUUGGGCAGAGACUACCUGGAGACACUCAUGGCCAGCCAAAAUGUGGAUGAUUGGAUCAAAAUAAGUGAGAUGCUCCUGGGCCCUGUCCCUCCCACCUUCACCUUCCUGCCAAAACACAAGGCCAAUUCCUACAGAUAG